UUGCGCAGUUUGUGGGACAGCAUGCUUUUCAGACUUGUCUGACCUGCGCAGAGACUAUACCGAUUCGAACCUGUCCGUGCCACUUCGAGUUACUAUUAUUGACAAAGUAUUGUGUGACAAUUUUACGCAUACUCUAUGCAAAAAGUACGUACUUGGGCAACUGCAGUACAGGUACUGAAGUGUACGUAUGCGCUUCGGGACGCUAAAAUUUGACGCGUUUGAUGCGUCAACUUUUAGCAAGGGACUUAUUAGUUGGCGAAUGAACGCUGUCACAGCUGUCUUCCACGGCAAGCAAAAUACAGACUGGGAGAUGGCAGUCAACUGUCAGCUGAAGCCUGGAGCGAAACACAACCGCUACGAGCUGCUGGCUUGGCUGAACGCUUCUCUACACACACGCUUCACCAAGGUGGAGCAGACAUGCUCAGGUGCUGCAUUCUGCCAAAUGAUGGACUGGCUGUUCCCUGAUUCUGUGGACCUGAGCCAGGUCCAGUUCCUGCCCAGACACGAAGAGGACUCUCUCCAGAACUACAGUGUGCUGCAGGCCGCGUUUAAGAAGACUGGGGUGGUUCAGUCCAUCCCUGUCAAGGAGCUGGUGCAGGGGAGGCUGGACACAGCGCUGGACUUCCUCAUUUGGUUCAAGGCUUUCUUUGACGCCAACAACCGUGCCCGGGACUACAAUGCCCUGGAGGCCCGUGGAGGACAAAGCAUGGUGCCCAGGACCCCGACCAGCACCCCUGAUGCCAGCCCGAUGCCAACAACCAGAGCCAGAACACAGUUAACACCAAACGCGAGCGAGGCGGCAGAGCAUCCCUGGCAGAGGUCAAAGGACACCUCAGCCCUCAGCAGACCUCCCAUCAAGAGGCAGAUCAAAGUAGAGACAGAGCAGGAGCCUGAGGCGAAGGUAGAAAACGACGAGAGGACCAACAUGGAGCUGAAGGUGGACGGGGAAAUAACUGAAGAGAGCGGGGACCCGGGCGAGGACGAGAAAAUGGCGGAUGAAAAAGUGGAGCAGACUGAAAGCGGCUUCAAAAUGGAGACUGGGGAGAGGACGGGAGGGGAGGUGGAAAAGGAGGGAAAGCGGACCAUGAAAGAGGGGGAAACGGUAGAGGGGGGGAGGAAAGAGCAGAAUUUGGAAAUAUGGGUGAGCACCAACAUACAUGAAAAGAAGAGUAAGAGAGGGGAGAAAGACAAAGAAGAUGAGAAGACUGAGAGAGAGGAGGAUGAGAGAAAGGAGGGGAAGAGGACUGAGAAAGAGGAGGAUAAGAUGACCGAGGAGGAUAAGAGAACUGAGGGGAAUAUGACGGAGAAAGAGGAGGAUGGGAGGACUAAGGGAGAGGAAGAUACGAGAAAGGAGGGGGAGGAGGAUGAGAUGGAGGACUGA